GUGAAACCUUCGUGAAAUUUACAAGGCUUCAUUCAGUAUACUGCGAACCGGCGUCUCGAUGAGUAAUACAUCCGUCGAACUAUUAUGAUAACAAGGAUCAAUGUCAACUUGGCAACGGGAUUCUGAUCCUGGCGCAGCGUCGACUUUUUAAAGCAAUAAGGAUGGCGAGUUGGAACCGUAUUCCAACUUCAUAGUCCGUCCACUUCUAUUUCUACAAUGAUUGACGCUGGUGCCUCCACGUAUGCUGCUGUGGGCGUUGCCUACCUCGUCAAGUGGUACAUUAUCGUGUCACCAAAGAAGAAAGUCAAGAGCUUAUUUCUUGAAAUGGACCGCGCGCAAGGCCAGUACAUGAACGCGGCCUCUGUCAUCCCCCCUAGUGUGGGGGUAACUAUAUGUACAGAACAUGAGCUGUUGGCGAAAGAUAUAGCAUGUCUCCACAAGAGUCGGUGGGGGCAUUGGAAAAACAGGUCGGCGUUUACCACUGUACGGGAACGGGUUGAGACUCAUUGUGAGGAAAUUUUUGCAACAUCCCGAAAGUAUCUGGUGGCCGCUUAUCUGGCGUCGGCUCAGGAGCGUCUGGCUGAGGAGCAGGCUGAACUCAAGGCCAGCUCCACUGAAGAAGAAUGUCGAUCCACCACGAGGGAGGAGUCUGGACACACUCAGACCUCAGGCACGAUACAGACUCUUCCGUCGGGUUCGUCGACUUUGAUGGAAACGACCUCGUCAACUAUGCCACUGAACCUUUCGACGACUUCUCUCCCCUUACAUUAUCCCGUCAUGACUCCUUCGAAAGGGGAUACGCAGACUUCUGGCCCACUCAGUGAACUUGAAGGCCUUAUCCUGGAUGGGGACUUGAUCAAUUUUUCCGACGUACCUCAGCAUGACCUAGGUCAGCGAGAAGGCAUGUUGAUCGACUUCUCUUCAGAGGAUUCAGAUGUUUCCACUAUAUACCGGCUUUCUCUUGGCGAGAAUGACACUAGCCAGACGGCCCACUUGCCCAAUAGCGGCGUGGUUCCACCGAAUGUCGUGACCGAAACGUCAGCGCUUUCCGAUAAACUCGGUGCUACUGCGAACCCUUGCACUCAACCUUCCACAGGGCUGUCAACGGAGCCGCAUAGCGCCGAGGAUUCCGCUGGUUGUUUCGGAGGUGCUGCGACUACACAGGCUAUACAGAUGGUAAAUAGCGUUGCCUCUGCCGUUUCUGCGAUUGCUGGUGCAAUUCGAGAUUCUUGACAUCACCGACUCGGCCCAGCUUGAAGCUUGAAG